AUGGAUGUUAAAUUUGUACCAAAAAUUGGAAGGUGGCAUAUCUUUUAUUUCUCUGACGAAGACAACCAUGAUUUAUUGGAUACACAAUUCAGUGCUAUGUUUCCUGCCCACAGAAAAAUAUCAGAGGCAUAUAUUAUGCAAAUGAUGAACAUGCUAAAGUCCGGGAUUAGCACUUCACAGAUAUUUGGUCUUCUAGCUAGUCAAGAAGGCGGGUAUGAAUUUGUUGGCUAUGGUCCCAGAGAUAUCUACAAUGAGAUUGCUCGGCAAAGGCGUCAAAUUCCUGGUGAAGCAGUACGAGUGUUGAAGAAGUUGGAGGAUAUGCGGUUGAAGGAUCCACAAUUAUAUUUCAAGGCAUGUCAUGAUUCAAGAGGUUUGUUACGUAACUUGUUCUGGUCUGAUGGGAUUAGCCUAUUAGACUACCAACUCUUCGGGGAUGUUAUUGCUUUUGAUGCUAUGUACAAGAAGAACAGGUAUAGUUGUCCAUUAGUCAUAGUCAGCAGGGUUAACCACCACAACCAAACAAUUGUUUUUGCUGCUACGUUAAUUGUGGACGAGACUACUGAUACAUAUAUUUGGCUCCUGCGUCAGAUCAUGUUUGCAAUGAAGGGUAAGACCCCGACCUCAAUAAUAACUUAUGGGGCCAUGGUGAUUAGGAAUGCAGUAAGAGAUGUAUUUUCCGAAGUCAGACAUAGAUUAUGCGCUUGGCACCUUAUUCGAAAUGCAACUAGCAAUGUUGGAAAUCCAUCGUUUCUAUCUAAAUUCAGAAAAAUCAUGUUAGGAGAUUAUGAGAUUCCCGUGUUUAAGCGUAAGUGGGUUCAGCUUAUUGAAGAAUUUGGCCUUAAGGAUAAGUCGUGGGUGAACAACAUGUAUGAAGAGAAGCAUACGUGGGCUACUGCAUAUAUAAGAGAAAACUAG